GAACUUUCACAAUGUCUGAGCAAGAACAGCAAACUCAACAGCAGACUCAGCAAGAACAGGGCGGCGGCGAGCUCCAGCGAUCUGCCAUGGGCCCCCCUCCCUCUCCUAAGCGCGAUGCCAAAACCUCCAAAGCCCCCACUCAACGCGACGCCGCCCUAGGCCCCCUCCGCUCCCACCGAACGCCCCUCCCCAACGAGAUGGCCGAGCUGACACCCGAGGAGCAGCCAGGCGGCGGGAGCAAGGGCGAUGAACACUCUCUGAGCAUCAAUAUUGCGUUGGACUUGCUUGUAGAAGUGCAUUUGACUGCGAGGGUGAAGGGUGAUGUUACUAUCGGGUUGUUGUAGAGUGGUGUUUGGGAGGACAUGGACUUUUUUCUUUACGGAGGAGGGAAUAAUCUCUAGGCUAAGAGCUAGAUGUGGGAUAUAUUAUGACCGUGUCAUGUAUCAUAACGAUUUUUAC